GUCCUCUAUCUGGAGCAGCUGAUACUGAAGCACAGGGUGCACCUGUCGGCUCUCAAGGUGAAAGAAACGAGCGAGGGUCUCUACUUCUUCUUUGCUCAGAAACAAGAGGCAAGGAAACUGGUGGACUUUCUGCAGACUGUUGUUCCAUGUCGGUAUAAGACGUCCCAGGAGCUCGUGUCACAUGACAUUCACAGCAAUACAUUCCAAUACAAGCACACCUUCAGCGUGGAGCUGGUGCCCGUCUGUAAGAACGAGGUGGUGUGUCUCCCUCUCUCACUGGCUCGCUCUCUAGGUCACAUGACACAGGUGGUCAUAUGUACCAGAGUCACCACCUCACUACACCUCACUGACCCACAGUCCCUGCAAGUGGCGGAGUUGUCCAGCAGUGUCUACUCCGUUCUCUAGUCUCUGUAACCAUCAGCAACUGACCGAGUUCUACGUUCUUCACAUCGAGAAGGCCACACCCCCUGGUUCUCAUGGCAACAGCUCCGCCAACCACAGUCACAAGUGUGUCCUGAGUGAUGUGUGGGUGGUGCCAGUGAGUGAACUGGGGACUAGUGACAGACAGAUACACUGCAGGUCUCAUCUCGGACAUCUCCUCCAUGACGGAGACUGCGUGUGGGGGUGAGGGAGAGAGGGAUAGCGGCUUUUUUUACCACACUAUAAAUAUUUUUGCGGGAACGAAAGAAGGAGUGCUAGUGUUUGCACUGGGUGUAAUGCCUCAGAAGAUAUCAAGCCAAACGUGAAGUGAGUCGUCAUCAAUGGCAGUAAAUUCAGAGAACCCUUGCAUGUAGUCAGAGGAGGAACCGUGACUACUG